AGGUGACUUCUGGUUCGCCCCACACUAAGUCAAGCCGGCCGGAGGAAGCUGGUACAGUCCGAAGCGGCUCCUGCGUCCCGUAUGGUCGGUCCCCUGAGCCUAGAGGACCUCAGUUCACUGAAAUCGAGGAACAUGAUAAGGAGGUGGCUGGUUAUUUUUAGCCUUUUUCCCCUGAAGCUCAUAGAGAAAUGUGAGUCCACAGUCAACUUCUCUGUUCCUCCCACCGUGAAGCUGGAAAAUGGAAGCUCCACCAACGUCAGCAUCUCCCUCCCGCGUCCUUUAAAUGCAACCUUGGUGAUCACUUUUGAAAUCACAUUUCGUUCAAAAAACAUUACUAUCCUUCAGCUCCCUGAUGAAGUUGUGGUCCCUCCUGGCGUGACAAAUUCCUCUUUUCAAGUGACGUCUCAAAAUGUUGGACAAGUUACCACUUAUCUGCACGGAAAUCACUCCAACCAGACCAGCCCAAGGAUACUCUUCUCCGUGAUCCACAGCAAUGUCGUCAGCAUCAUAAACCAGGUGAUCGGCUGGAUCUACUUUGUGGCCUGGUCCAUCUCCUUCUACCCGCAGGGAAUCACCAACUGGAGGCGGAAAAGUGUCGUGGGUCUGAGCUUUGACUUCGUGGCCCUGAACCUGAUGGGCUUCGUGGCCUACAGCGUGUUCAACAUCGGCCUCCUCUGGGUGCCCUCCAUCAAGGAGCAGUUUCUCCUCAAAUACCCCAAUGGCGUGAACCCCGUGGACAGUAAUGACGUCUUCUUCAGCCUGCACGCGGUCGCCCUCACCCUGGUUAUCGUGGUGCAGUGCUUCCUGUACGAGCGAGGCAACCAGCGGGUGUCCUGGCUGGCUAUUGGCUUCCUCGUGCUCUCCUGGCUCUUCACACUCAUCACCCUGAUCAUGGCCGCUGUCAGGGCCACCACGUGGCUGCAGUUUCUCUUCUGCUUCUCCUACAUCAAGCUGGCAGUGACGCUGGUCAAGUAUUUUCCACAGGCCUACUUGAACUUUUACUACAAAAGCACCGAGGGCUGGAGCAUUGGCAACGUGCUUCUGGACUUCACUGGGGGCAGCUUCAGCCUCCUGCAGAUGUCCCUCCAAUCCUACAACAACGGCUUCAGGCAGCUGUCCCAGGCAGGAUUGAGCACUGAGCUUGGAGCCAAAGGCCUGGUCCCAAGCAACGAGUGUUUCUGGAAGCAGCUUGAAGGACUGACCUUGCAGCUGGGAGAGCCAAGGGUGCUUUGCUGCCACUGCUGUGUUCAGAGACCAAGCAGCCAGGUGCCGUGGCCAAUAGACCCGAGGUGCUGGUGCUGGUGGCAGGGGGGCUAGGACUUUGGGGUUAGGCCUUGGGUACCUCCUCUGAAGGCUGCAUUCUCUGAGCACUCACUGUCCUGACACUCAAUUCUACGUAAACCCACUUUCACGACUGCAAUCACAGGUGGCCCAGCCCAGGCUCUGGUAAAGAAACAGUAUUUCUGAGCCUUGAGGUACCCAACAGAUUGGUUCAGAACCGGGCUCACAUCCAAUACUCUCUGGAUCCUUAUCACACUAACGACCCUUUUGGAUUUUUCAGAGGGAUGUUUUGGAAGUGAGUGGCUUACUUUCUUCUGCUGCUGCCUAUCUCCACUUACCCAUAGUCAGGCCCCAAGCCCCUCCAACUGCUCCUCACCCUGAGUCUGGACACACACACACACACCAGUCUGUGCCUUAGACGCCUGUUAGACUUGCCAGGUGGUGAAAACAGCUCCCCUGAUGGGGAGGGCAGGCCCCCUUCCCUCCCCAGACCCCUACCUGAGACUCACCAAUUUGUGGCUAUUCAGGAGCCUCAGAUAAGGACUUAAGACCAACUUACACAAUCCUUAUGGGCCCAACCUGAUCCCAAAGCCCCUCCUUUCCCACUCCAAGCAGUUGUCCUUCCUUUGGAGGAGGGGAGGGGAGGGGAGGGUCCCAGGACAUGCCUUGUACAUGCCAUGAGCUUGUCAAUCCACUCUCGUAGUUAACCACGAGAUCAACAUGAGGGGCUUAAUUAAACCUGAUUCAUUUCCUCUGCACACUGAGCAUUUGCCAGAUGCAGGAGGCAGGGGUGUUGGCUUCAGAACCAAGUCCUUGGGGCUUAGGGAGACAGCCUCAGUCACUCGUGUAAGGAAACGUGUGGGAUUUUGAAGUUCGCUGAUUCCAAGGUGGCUGCGUGCCGGCCCAGCAUUUCAUCAGGGGAGCUCUGUUGGGUGGCACAAGAUGCCUACCUGCUCAGGGCCAGGUAGGUCCCGCAGGGACCCUGUCUGCAUUACCAAGGGCAUGGCACUCAGGCUGUGGUUGUGAGCACGGGUUGGAUGAGGUCUUUAAGGGCACGUGGGAGAAGGGUGGGGGAGGAAGUCUUCCAGAUCGUCUAGCCAGGUAUAAGUAUCAAAGAACUUAGGAUCUUGUUUCCCUAAAGCAGAAAUUGCAGCUUGACCAGGCCCACACGCCUGUUUUAUUUGGGCCACCCAGUCUGUGAUUGGGUACCACACUUUAAAGGUGGGAGAUUGCAAAAAUCUGACUUGGCAGUGCUAGGUGGGUCCAUGAGUGGCAACAAUUCCCAGAGCUGGUAAUGCAGCCAGUGCUGGGCCAAGCAAAGGCCUCAGUGCUCCCCAGCUCCCCCCCAUCUCCUCAGGUCACAGCCCCUGGAAACAUUUGGGGCUGCAUCUCUGGCUGUGCUAAACUGAAUGCUCUUAAGAGUCUUAGGGGGUGGAUGUUCUCCCUUGGUGUCCAUGAGGUCCCUCCCCAAUAGGAGCUGAGGCUAGGUUAUGCGAGGGAAGUUGGGGGUUCCUGGCCCAGUUCCAGUGAAGGUACUCCCAGACGCUCCCACGC